GCAGCUAGCUAAACUGGGUUGUUUUGAAUCCCACGUGAGGCAGCAGCAAUGUUGUCUUUUGACGAACUUCUGACAAGUCUGCAAAUGUGUGUCAUCGCCGAGAACCAAACGAAUGAAAAUGGAAACCAAACUCUUCAGCUCUUUUUCGAUAAGCUGUCGGAGUGCUCCAGGAGCGACGUUAAAAGGAGCAAGGAGCGCCAUUUGGAGAAGGCUACCCAACUGUUGAAGACGGUCAAGCUCGAUGCCUUGGAGCCUGAUCACCUCCAGCUUCUCGUCCGACUUCUCGUCUCCUUGCAGCUGCAGAUGGUCCACAUCUCCACAACCUGCAGAAAAGUGGACCAGAUGUUGCAUCAUCUGGCGAAGGUGGACCAUCAACUGGUGUUUGGAGAAACCCAAGUCUUUUUGAGCUCUAUAGUUCACUCAGAGCAGAUAUUCACUCAAGAAGACCUUCAGAGAGCCUGUAUGUUCCUGGAGGAUAGCGCUGUGGGCCGUGAUGUGUGGCGGGAGCUCUGUCCUUCCUUUCUGGACAAAUUAGCUCAAUUCUUCCCUUUAAUACUGCAACAAGAGUCCCUGCGAGAUGGGCAGCUGUGUUAUCUUGCUGUGAAGGUGUGCCUCCAGAUAUUUCAGCUAUUGUCGAGACAGGUGUCUUUUGCAGUAUGGGAAAAGGAAGAGAGGAGCCCAGCCAUGCAGAAAAUCUUGCAGGCUCUGGCUGAAAUAAUGUUUGGAGAGAGCAGCAACAGAGACACUCGUCUUCUGGCGGGGACCGCCGUGGCCAUGCUCAUCAACACGGCAUCUGAGCGCAGCGCCGGCGCAGCGGCUGCCUGGAGUCUUUUCCAGAGCUCUCAUUCAGAGCCGUGGCUGCUGACAGUGGGGGCCCUUCAGGUGCAGUGUUGCCCCACGUCGCUGGGCGGAGUGGGUCAGCUGGCGAUGAGCAGGGGCCUCCUGACGUGCUGUCACCCUCACAUAUUGCUCAGUUCACGUCUAGCGGGCGCAGAGGGCAGCUUACUGCUGGAUGCUUUGUUUCCUCUGCUUUAUGAUUUGUGUGAGGAGAAGCUGAAUUGUCUCUACCUUUCCUUUGAGGUGUUCACACUGUGGCUGAAGAAGGUCAAAGAAUGUGUGUCUGAUAUCUGGAAGAUGACGGGUGGCCGUCUUCUGCCUGACGGUAGCAGCCUGCAGCAACAGCUCUGUUCUAUUAUUUGGACCAGCGCUGAAAGUCCAGUGGAAGGUGUGUCCGACUGUGCCCGUGUCACCUUGAGCUUGUUUUUGGACCUCUAUGAUGUGGACUGUGAGCAGUUUGGUGACAAGAAGCCUCUUUAUUUGGCUCUACUGCAACGAAUUAUCCAACUCCCAUGGGAAUCCAAAGCCAAAUACCAGCACCUCUGUGCUCUUCUUCCAUAUUUGGGAACCGACACGGUGCUGGAUCAGUAUGCUGAAAUUCCAAAUCACCUCCUGAAGUGCAUGUCAAAUGAUCACCUGUGUCCUUGCGGGUCAGAACUUUACAAGUGUCUGAUCCAGCAGCAGAGAAGAGAACUUUGCGGUGACUCUCCAAAGUCGGUUUCGGAGUCAGAUCUGGCCAGUCGGUGGGCUGGACGAUGGCUUCCUGUCCUUCUUGAAGCGCUGACCUCACAUUUAGUUAUUCUUCAGAGCAACAGCUCGACACAUUUACUCUCCUGUACGUUCCAAGUCUUCCCCUCCGCUGUGGAGCCUCUGCUGGCCUCCCUGGACCCGUACUCACCAGGCCACCUCUGCUCCUGGGCCUUCAUUAUGAGUAGCUACCGCGCCGUGACUGGGGGCUCUCCCUGGUCUCUGCAGGGGAGCUGUUCCCUGGAAAUCCUCCAACUCGCCCUGGGCUCUGCAGAUGACAAAGUUCGACUUGCUGCUCUCAACCUCCUGAAUUGCAGCCCCAAGACCAGAGAGACUCCAACACCAGAAGAACUGUCAGUAAUGAGGACCUUCAUUCCUCAGAACCUAAACUCAGAGUCCUCGCUUUUUCGCCAGCAUUUUCAAGCAUCAGUGAGGAGAUUCUUGGUUCGGAUCCGAGAUGGCUGCUUGGCACACAUCAAACAACAGAAGGGCAAGGGGGACACCGGCCAGAUGGAAAGCUCACAGCAAAUACUGGCCCUGGGAAUCGGAUUUGUGGACUGGUUGAGUCAGCUGGUCUGCUGCAGUCUGACACCAGAUCACAGUUACCAGAGGAAGAAGACGGCCUUACUGUUGCUGUCAGCCCUGCUGGAGACGUGCACAGAUACAUGGAGCCCCGACAAGAAAAAGGGACAACCACCCGUGAACAUGGGAUCUCUCAUUAACUGUGCCAGGUUGAGAGGACAGUGGGACUUCUUCUCCAGAAGAAAGCUGCUGGUUCUCAUCAGCUGUUUGGAAGAUUCCACGAAUGAGAUUCGUGAACUUUCAGCAGGAUUAUUGGUGAGAUUCUUCCCUUCUGUCCUACCUGCCGACGUCGCUGCUGCUGUGCUUACUCGUGCCAAGCAGCUUGUGUGCAAUCCUCGCGUCCAGCAGGCCCAGAUGGGGGCGCUAAUGAUGAAGGUGCUCCAUCACAAAUGGCAAGGCCUUCCUGAAGAUUGCAAACUAAACAGUGCCAUCAGUGUCAGUAGUGCCCAUAACAUAAAGACCUCCAGCUUAGUUAGAUUCCUUGUGAAGGAGCUUGAGAAUCACUACGUUACAGCCAAAGCCCACGUGAUGCUCGCUGCCAGAACCAAGCCUGUUCAUGGUGUUCUGAGCGCCCUACAGAAAUGUUUGUUGGAGGACACAUGCAGCAUCUGUGAUUCACUUGGUCCCGCACUGACCACUAAGCUGCUGAGCCUGCUAAAAAACAUCUCAAUACUUCUGCUCGGCGUAUUACACGGACACCAGGAUUUUGAACGUGAUGCUCCCCCUUCCUUCUGUGAUAUGGGCAACGCCAUCAAUUCUCUGAUUGCCAACUCAUCUGGAGGAAACCAAGAAGAUGGAGGAGAGGAGUGUGUCUUGUUGUCUGAGGAACACAGCCUUGUUCUCACCUGCUGCUGGGUUUCACUCAAGGAAACAGGAAUCCUUUUAGGUUCUCUUGUGGAGAGGAUUCUUUCUGAAUCCAAGCCUGAUGCAUGCUUUCUAACAAAGCAACAUCUAGAAACUGCGUCAGAUAUUUUUAGAAAUAUUCUCCUCAAAUGCCGUCACUGGGGGGCAGUAGAGGGAUGUUGUGUGGGCUUCACCAGAUUCUGUUCAGCUCUGCUCAGGGCCAGUGAUCCUGAGCUCAGGGAUAUCCCAUCUCAAAUGCUCCAACAAGCAUUACAAGUAGUGCAGUCUCCUAGUUGGACUUCCGUCACACGGCGGGCUGCUGGAUUGCCUAUGCUCAUCCUUUGUGUUGUUUCUGCAGAGGAGGCCAGUAAAGCACGGCCCCUCUUAGCACAUAGCAUGCAAACCUUACUGGACACAGCUGGAAUCCCCCUUCCUGAGAAGUGGGACCAGACGCUGGACCUCCCACAGGUGUGUGCAGUUCACACUCUUCAGGCUCUGGUGCGUGGAUCGGGGCUGGGUGUCGCCAUCCUUCAGUUUGUGCCCAACAUAACUAUUUUGGCUCUCACUAUGCUCAGUUCUCCCUGCUGGGCCAUGAGAAAUGCAGCCCUGCAGCUUUACAGUUCUCUUUGCUCACGGAUGCUCGGUCAGAGGCCCGGCAGUGAGGGUGGGACUAAACGUGGCAUGUCCCCCCACGCCUUUUUCCACCACUAUUCCAAGCUCCAACCCUUCCUCCUUGAGGAACUCCGAGAGACCGCUUGUGACCUUCAGUGUGUACCUGAGGAGGCCAGGCUCCGUCUUCAGCCAUCGCUCUACCCGAUCCUGACUCUUUUAUCCCAGCUCCAGCCUGGCGUCCAGGACUCGGCAAACAGAACCUUAGCAGACUUCCUGCCUCCUUUGCUUCAGCUCUCUGCCAGUCCCAUUUACAGCGUGAGAGUGAUGGCUUCUAAGGCGCUGGUCGCCAUGACUCCCCCCUCAGAGUACAUGAACAUCCUCAUCAAUCUGACGGCCCGGUUGCCCUGCACACCGGCGCGCUGCUGUCACAACUGGCUCCACGGGCAACUGCUGCACAUGAAAGCUCUCCUGGACAGAGCUCUCGGCAAAGACUGCUGUGUGCCUCCAGCAGAGGUUCAAGAAGUGGUGCGCGCUGUGGAGGAAUCGGUGUGGCUCGCCACAGAUGCUCAGCGCUGCCCGCUGGUGAGAGCGGCAUAUGUCGCUGUGGUGGAGUCACUGGGAAGAUUGUGCAGCCAGAGUUUUCUGUCAAAGCUCUUUGACGUUCUCAUACGUGAGCUACGUACACCUCAACAGGGCCUUCAGGUUGGCUUGUCUUCCUUCCAUCAACGAGCCAUCCAGUUUCUCUGUGCCGACCCCAAGUGGGCGUGUGGCAUCUUGGAAGGUUUUACAGCAGCGAGCUGUGAUCUGAAGCUGGCGUUGGUCACGUGGGUGGUGGAGGACCAUGCUUCACUCAGCACCCACUUGAAAGAAUUGAUCCAGAGUGUGCUGCAGUCCAGUCUGAAGGAGGCAUCGUUGAGCCCCAUCGAGGAGUACCGCAGGGCCCACUUGGCAGCCUUGGUAGCAGUGAUGGGCCGAGGGGAUUCGCCUCCUCCACCGGGCCCGCUUGAGGAAUCCGUUCUUCUGGAGUGUCUGGAUAUGUUAUUGAGGGACCUGGAGGAUCAGAGAGGCGGGUCGGAGUUCUUGUCCCAGGCUCUGCAUGCUGCAAGCCUCCUGCUUUCCCAGUGUUUUCAGAAUUCUGUAAUCCAACGCUGGUGUGGUGUCUUGGAGUCUUGCCAGUCCCCCGAUGUUGCUGAAGUUCAGAGGAUAGCUUGUGCCGAAGCUCUGUGUGUGGCUGGCCUUCCCCUAAUGAGCCACAAUCUCAUUCCUCCAACUGUCAUGAUCAAGUUGCUGAGCACCUGCCUGUACUUGCUGCAGGACCAAAGCCAACUGGUGAGGUUGAAAGCAGCCCGCUUCAUCGCCAUGCUGCAUCACGUCAGAGGAGGAGGAGGAGGAGGAGGAGGAGGCCAGAAGCGCAUCUACCUCAUGCAGGUCAACCUGGCUGUACCGUUUCUGCUGGAUCUGUUGCUGGAGGAGUGCUGGGACACACCAAGAACAUUGGAGGUGCUUCUGUGUCAUGUGCCUCACUCUGACCUGAGAUCUGUUCUGAGAGAGGCAGCGGACACUGGGUGCGGAGGGCUCUAUGAGCAGGACGACGCCAACGUGUUUGCCGAGCCCUCAGUGAUGUGUGCACACGUGUUGCCCUACCUGCUGCUCAUGGCGGAAAAGUACUCUGAAUCUUCAGUGAUGGCACAGAGCCUCAGCACAUGGGCGGAGGAGAACGCUGCUCUGCUGCUAGACAACCUCACACUGUGCAAAGACAUCCAGCCAGCCGAGACGCUGCCGCUCCUCACGGACGCCCGGUUCCACCGCACGCUUUGCGGCCUGCUAACCAGAGCCACCUUCCUUCUCCGCCUUUCCAAAACGUGUGACCGUGUGCAACACCUUUGCGAUCCUUCGGCCCUGCACGUGACUUUAAAGGAUGUUCGCGGUCGUCUGAGUCAGCAAGGUGUCCACUUGAGCUCCUCUCUAGAAUCUUCUGAGCCGAGAGACGUCACACCAUAGACUCUCGAUGAAAAGAUAACUGGGGAAAUCGGUAUGUGGAUGUUCGAGGUAGGCCUUAAUGCUGAAUGCGCCGGGCACAUGCUGCUGCUGCUGCACGUCAUGUUUACAGUGACUGUGAAUGGACUUGAUGAAGAUAGAAGGUAAGCAAGCUUACUGUGUAACAAAUAUGUUACACAUUUCUGAAAGGUCUUUAUCCAUUCGCUCAUUUUCUGAUGACAGAGCAGACAUGUUAAACUGGACAACAUCCAACUACACACACAAUAUGAUGACAAUUACAGAAAAAAAGUAUAAAUAUUUGUGUUCUGCGGAAGGGUAUCGCUGCCACACCAGCAAAAAUUAAAAGUGUUCAGUUUCACGUUAUAACGUGGUAAGUGUCACGUUAUCAUGUUAAAACAUAAUAAAUUUGACUUCCGCCUUUGGCCAACCAAACCAAAGCAAUUUCUUCCGGUUCAGGUCACUGGUGGAGUCUUUUUGUGUGUGUGUGUGUGUGUGUGUCUUACAGUGUAUAGCAAAGUUACUAGCUAUAUGUAAGUAUAGUUAAGGUAGAGGCCAUGUCUGUGUCUGCUUGUCCUUAACUCCACCUUAGAAGGAUGUGAUCGUCCACAGGAGUUUUCCGCGAGACCAACUUUUUCACAUUAUAUUGUGAAACUAACUGAACCUUUUUUUUUUUUUUCCUGGUCUGGCAGCAAUACACUUCUGCAGUAUUCUGCAACUAUCCACUGUUUGAAGAAAGCCCAAAUGCCAAUUGUAAUGUCACUCAAAACAUCACACAA